AUUUAGUUAAAGAAACGAAGAAAAGAUGGUUAUGGGAAUGACCUUAUAUGCUCGCAUUCAGAAUCCCCAAUUUUUUACCCUCAGGAACUCCGCUCAGGCGCCGUAUUUGCAGCCUCCGGCGAGUCUAAAGGCUGCGAAGACGAAGCCUAAAACCUGUACAGCGGAUGAGCUGCACUAUGUUCCUGUUUCUUCUUCCGAUUGGAAACUCGCUCUAUGGCGUUACCUGCCUUCUGCCAGAGCGCAACGUAGGAAUCAUCCGCUGUUGCUUUUGUCAGGGGUUGGAACAAAUGCUAUUGGAUAUGAUCUCGCUCCUGAGUCCUCGUUCGCACGCUUCAUGUCUCGCCAAGGAUUUGACACUUGGAUUCUGGAACUUCGAGGAGCUGGAUUGAGUUCAUUGGACGUGGACGGCUAUGGCGAGGAUUCUGAAAUUACCUUAUCAGAAGGUGAAAGAACAGAUACUGUUUACAAAUCUAACAAAUCGAUUUCCAAAUUGUCGGAGAAAUUUAUCCAUUUAUUUGAAAGGCUCUCAGACGUCCUUGAUGAAGGGAAAAACUCUGCUAUUGCAAUCCAAAUAAAGGAUUUUACUAGAAAGAUUGUGAGCUUUAUUGAAGAUGGCCAACUACCUGCUAAACCACAGUUUUAUAACUUCCAAGAGCGCUUCUCUUCUUCACUUGAGGAUUUCCUCAAACAACUUGACUUGAUUGUGAAGUAUGAUUGGGACUUUGAUCAUUACCUGGAAGAGGAUUUGCCUGCUGCGAUGGAGUACAUAAGGAUCCAAUGCGGACCAAAAGAUGGCAAAUUGCUUGCAGUUGGGCACUCAAUGGGGGGCAUUCUUUUAUAUGCUAUGCUCUCAAAAUGCUGUUUUGAAGGAAGGGAUUCAGGGUUGGCAUCAGUUACCACUUUGGCUUCAUCGCUUGACUACACGCCUUCAAAAUCAUCACUCAAAUUGCUCUUACCAGUGGCAGACCCUGCAAAGGCCCUGAAUGUUCCUGUUAUUCCAAUUGGCGCAUUGCUGGCUGCUGCUCAUCCUUUUGCAUCUCGUCCUCCUUACAUCUUGUCUUGGUUAAAUCCUCAAAUUUCUGCUCCUGGCAUGAUGCACCCACAAUUGUUUGAAAAGCUUGUUAUGAACAACUUCUGCACGGUACCUUCUAAACUUCUACUGCAGCUGACAACAGUAUUUCAAGAGGGCGGCCUAAGAAACCGGGAUGGAUCUUUCUUUUACAAGGCUCAUCUAGGCAAAAGCAAAGUUCCUAUAUUAGCAAUUGCUGGUGAUAAAGAUCUCAUCUGUCCACCAGAAGCUGUAUAUGAAACUGUAAAAAUCAUCCCCGAGCAUUUUGGUACUUACAAAGUUUUUGGGGAGCCCUGGGGUCCACAUUAUGCUCACUAUGAUCUAGUGGGAAGUCGUCUGGCUGCAAGACAGGUGUAUCCAUGCAUAAUCGACUUCCUCAGUCGUCAUGAUGCAUGAUAAGUUGUCUGAACAUAAUGUUCCAGUGUUUGCUUCAUUAAUGAUUAAUUCUUUAUUCCACGAAGGAGGGGACUGUGGUUAAAUAAAUAAUGCCCAACUCCAAGCCAGAAGAGUUUUCGGGAUUCUGAUCAUUGUAUAGGCUUGGAAAGAGGUACAAGAUUUCCCUGGAUUUAUACGGCAUAAUUUGCUUUGUUUUUUAAAAUCAUUUUAUACGUUACUGCGAGGGAAAUAGCAGUUCUGACCUUGGGGGGCAUACAAUAGUUGUACAACUGGUCUUUGUAUAGUUUAAUGCUGAUAGGUUUGUAAUGAAGAAACGAUACCAAUGAAAGAUUUAUACGUUAUCUA